AUGUCUAUCAAUAGUACGAGAAAAUUCGAAGGAAAAGUUGCUGUUGUGACAGCUUCAACUGAUGGAAUAGGUUAUGCUAUUGCCAAUCGUCUUGCUUAUGAUGGUGCUAAGGUUAUGGUUAGUAGUCGUAAGGGAGCUAAUGUCAAGAGAGCUGUGGAAUUGCUUCAAAAAGAACAUGGAAGUGAGUCAGUGUCUGGUGUUGUCUGUCAUGUUGGUAAAGAUGAGGACAGAAAAUCACUGAUUAAAGAGGUUAUUAAACAGUUUGGACAAAUUGAUAUUCUAGUUGACAAUGCUGCAGUUAACCCUAGUCCAGGAAAACUAUUACAUUUAUGGAAAAAUGAAACCUAUGUUGACAAUUAUAUCGAGAGUCGAUGGAUAAAAUAG